AUGCAGGAAGGAACAGUAAUUGGAAAUAUAGCUUCCGAUAUCGGCCUAGAUACUGAAAAUCUUUCUAAACGGCGGUUAGGGAUUGCUUUGGGGAAUGGAAAGUAUUUUCUGGACGUUAAUAAAAUAACCGGACAUUUAUUUAUUAAAAAAAAAAUCGAUCGAGAAAAUAUUUGCUCAUUUAAAGAUGAAUGCAUACUUAAUCUGGAGGCUUUACUUGAAAGCCCACUGCAAAUGUUUAGCAUCGAGGUCGAAAUCUUGGAUGUGAAUGACAAUUCUCCGAGAUUUCCUUUCAGUGUAAGUUUCAUCAAUAUUUCGGAAGCCAAGGUUAAAGAUGAAAGCUUUUUGUUAGUGAAGGCCGUGGACCCUGAUGUGGGUAAUAACUCAGUAUGUAAUUAUAAACUGAGCGAAAAUGUAUUUUUCGACAUCAACGUGCAGAUUUGGAAAGAUGACUCUGUGUCCGCAGAUUUAUUAAUUAAACAGACGUUGGACAGAGAAGAACAAGCGGUACACAAUUUAAUUCUGACGGCACUGGAUUGUGGAAAACCUCCAUUGUCUGGCUCGAUCAAUAUCACGGUUACCAUUCUAGAUGAUAAUGACAAUGCUCCAAAAUUUGAAAGACAGGUUUACCAGGUGGAGGUUUCAGAAAAGACAUCAGUAGGAAUUACUUUUAUUACAGUAAACGCGACAGAUGCUGAUGAAGGCGCCAACGCUGAGUUAUUAUAUUCCUUUAAUCCUCACACCUCUGAGGAGUCACAAAUAAAAUUCCGUUUGAAUUCGAGAACUGGUGAACUCAGUGUUAAUGAAAAGCUGGACUUCGAGGAAUCCCAUCAAUAUGUGUUAUUUGUGCAAGCAAAAGAUAACGGGCCAAAUCCCCUCACAGGACACUGCAAAGUGAUUAUUAAAAUCAUUGACAGCAACGACAAUCAGCCCGAAAUCAUUGUUGCCUCAUCGCAAAGUUCAGUAUUUGAAGACGUACCCAUGGGCACAGUCAUUGCACUCUUUAGUGUCACAGAUCUGGACUCUGGAAACAAUGGCAAAGUAAAUUGCCAUAUUUCAGGAAGUGAUGAGUUUAAACUCCAGCAAACUAUGGACAAUGUCUAUGCUUUGGUGACGGCUGAACUUUUGGAUCGGGAAAGGAAAUCUAGAUUUAAUAUAACUAUUGUCGUCAAGGAUGAAGGAACUCCUCCUCUCACGAACAAUAAAACGAUUUCUUUAAAUAUUUUAGAUGUCAAUGACAACACGCCAUCGUUUUCAUAUUCUUCAUACGAAAUUCCCAUUCCAGAAAACAACAUUCCUGGCUCUCUGCUGUGCUCCAUUACUGCAAAUGAUCCUGAUGCAGAUCUGAAUGGUGAUCUGAAAUAUUCCAUUGAAGAAAAAAAUGAUUCCAAUAAUACCUUAACGAAAUGUUUUUCUAUCAAUCGGGACACUGGAAACAUUUACUCAGUGCAGUCUUUCGACUAUGAAAAACAAACAUUUUAUACUUUUUAUGUGGUUGCUAAAGACUCUGGCACUCCUCGACUAAGCAGCAGUGUGACUGUCAAGAUAAAUGUUCUUGAUGAAAACGAUAACACCCCGGUUAUUGUUUCACCCUGGCGCCCUCAUGGAUCAAUAGUUAGCGAUGUAAUUCCUAGUACGGCUGAAGAAGGAUAUUUAGUGACCAAAGUUAUUGCAAUCGAUGAGGACUCUAUUCAAAAUUCACGAAUUACUUACCAUUUACUUCAAGUUACUGAUCAGACAUUAUUUUCCUUAAACCAAUAUACUGGGGAGCUUCGAACCAGAAGGCGCAUUGGUCUCCGAGACUCUUCCAAGCAAAGAAUUGUGAUUCAAGCCCGGGACAAUGGCAGUCCUUCAUUGUCAUCGACAGUUACAAUUCUCAUAUCAAAAUCUGACACAGAAGUAAAAAGUCUACUGACAGUAAAUGACAAUCUAGAGACAGAUUAUGUAUCUUCUUUGAAUAUGUUUCUGAUGGUCGGCCUAGCAUCUGUUUCAUUUCUCCUUAUUUUAACAAUAGUGAUCUGUGCUGCGCUUAAAUGUCAACAUAAUUCUUCUGAAGACACUGAAAAAACAGCACAUCGGAUUAGCUGCUACAGCCAAAGGGAUUCAAUGAUUUCUGACCUGCCGGCACACUCGACUUUAUAUUCAAGCGACGCCUACUGGCACAGCGUGCUUUUAGCGGAAUCAAGAAAAGGGAAAAUGCUGGUGAGACAGUCAAUGCCCAAUGGAACUGGCUUCAUUGUGUCAAGUUUGGAGAGCCACCCAGAGCAGGGAACGAUAAGCCAAUUAGCCGAAACACCGAUUCAGGUAUAG